AUGUCUUGGUCAGCCUAUAUACAGAAUCUGGAGGCAGGCAAAGGGCGUUGCAAGUACGCUGGCAUCUACGGCAAGAAUCCAAUCAGUGUGUGGGCGGAGUCAGCGGAUAAAUCUGCAUUUCCCAUCACCGCUGAUGAUGUUGCUACAGCAACCAGGGCAAUUACUAAUCAGGACAUGAGCCUCAUGAGCUCUGGUUUGAAGAUUGGAGGGGUUCUCAGCUUCACCUGUUUGAGAAUGGAGCCAGAUCUACUCAUCUGCCAAGGCAAAGGAGAUUACAAAGACUAUAGUCUUGUUAUAGCACUAUCAGUUCAAGCUGUUAUCGUUGGAUUUAACCCUGAUGCAGAAGUGAAGACAGCCUACGUUCGUGAUGCCGUCGAAGUCAUCCGUGACCACCUGAAAAAUGUUAACUACUGA